AUGUUUGAUUCAUUCAAGGAUCAUGGAUUUUUAAGCGUAAGCGAAAAGGCUGAUCGUGAAACAUUAAAUACAAUAGAAGAUUGUUAUUAUGCCGAAGAUAAUUUCGAUCCUAAAGAAUAUGAACUUCAAAAGUUACUUUCAUCACAAAAUGGUAAUCCAUUUUUAAACCUUUCUGAUGUGAUAGCACGUCAUGAUCGUCUUAAUACUCAACUAACAGCUGUAUCAAAACGUGUAUCGAAAUUAGUCCUUGAAAAUAGUUCAUCAUAUACUGCAGAAUUACAGCGUGUUACUGUGUUGACAAGUGCAUUAGAAUGUUCAAUUGAAACAUGUCAUACAGCUCGAAGAAAUCUUCGCCGUGCACAAUAUCAAAUAACAACACGAAAUUUAGGUUUAAUUAGAAAUGCAAUGCGUAAACAACAAUGGAUUAAUGUUUUGCGAAAUAUUGAAAAAUUAAAAAAACUACAUAGUAUCGAUCAAAAACUAAAAGAAAUGGUUAAGCAAGAAGAUUUUGUUGGUGCAAUUCAAUUAUGUUCACAAUGUGGAAAUACUGUCCUUCAUUAUAAAGAAUAUCAAUGUAUAGGAGAUCUUUCAACAAAACUUCAAGAUACAUUAGAUUUUAUUGAAGAAUCAAUUGAUGUAACAUUAGCUAAACUUUGUUCAAAUUUUAAUCCACAUACAUAUCAACGUUUAUUAAAUGCUUAUCGUUUACUUGGAAAAUCAUUAACCUUUAUGGAUCAAUUACAAAUGCAUUUUGUUAAUGUUGUGCAAACACGUACAUUGGAAAUUUUGUUAAAAACUAUUGGAUCAACAAAUAAUGAUCCUAGUUUAUCUUCUUAUAUUGAUUUGUGCAAAAUGAUUCCUGAAGAAUCUUUUUACAGUUGUUUGCAUGAACUUAAUGUAUGCUUUUGGCAAAUAAUUAAAUCUUAUAAAUUAAUUUGGCUUUGGCAUGAAAAAAAUCCUGCAUCUAUUGAAGCUACAAAAGAUGAUAGACCAGAACCAAGUCAAGAUUUUCUUAUUCAAAAACUCGAAAGUGGAUCAAGUCGUUUAUGGAAUGAAAUUCAACAAAAAAUGAAAACAUUUCUUCUUGAAAAUAAUAUGACACAUUUUAAAUUUGAAGCAUUUAUACAAGUACUUAAAGUUAUUAAUCGACUUAUGGAAAUAGGUGAACAAUUUUGUCAAAGUGAUUCUAGUAUACUUCAAGAAGCUAUGCGUCGACAAAGUGUAGUUUACUUUCGUUCAUAUCAUAAUGGUCGAUUAGAUGAAUUAAAAAUGUUUCUUGAAAAUGAAACUUGGCAACGAUGUCCUGUUAAAUCAACCUUUCAUAUAACUCAAUUACAUGAAUUUCGAUUUCUACGUGAAACACAAUCAUUUUCAUCGGAUUUAGCAACUUCAACAUCAUUUAAUCAAAAGUUUGAUCUUGAUUUAUUUGAUCGAUAUUUAUAUACUGAACGUGAACAUCCAUUUGAUCUUGAUCAAACACAAACAACAAUAUCAUCUUCACCAUCACAAUAUAGUGAUACGAAUUCUUUAGAUGUUGAUGAUGGAAAUAUAAUCAAUGGAAAUUCUUAUAAUGAAAGAAGAAUUCGAUCAAAUUCAAAUUCAUCAACCGAUUCAGAUAUUGAAAAUGAUAAUAAUCAACGAAAAAGAUCUUCGACUCAUCUUAAUCAUUCUCGAUAUCAUGAUGAUAAAACUGGAUCAACUAUUAUUACAAAUACAACUUUAAAUGUAACCAGAUUAUUUGGACGAUAUAUGGAAAUGAUUGAAAUGCUUAAACCUAUUGCAUUUGAUGUUAUCAUUUGUAUGACACAACUUUUUGAUUAUUAUCUUUAUACAGUUUAUACAUUAUUUGCUUGUGAUAUGAAUGAAAUUCCAGUUGAUGCCUUAAGUACUCGAUUAAGAUUUACAAUCAAACGAAUUAGUGAUAAUUUAAUUGCUAAUAAUGAUUCAGAAGCGGCACAUCAUGAAAAAAUAGCUGCUGCUCAUCUAUCACCAUUAGUUGAUAUAAAUAGUCCAACAAGUGUACUUUAUGGUCUUCCACAACGUAUUGUUGCUGCUGAAUCACUUGUUUUUCUUGCUGAACAAUUUGAUUUUCUUCUUCCAUAUUUAAAAUUAAUGAUUCCAACUGAUCGUCAUACAUUUUUAACACAAUUUUAUUCUCAAACGAUUCAAGUAACACAUGAAUUACGUAUACCAAUAUAUCAUAAUGUAUCUGCUAAUGUUCUUGAUUAUAUGUCAAUAGCAUUAAUGAUAAGUAAAGUUAAUUGGGAUAUAGGAGAAAUUUUAACACAACAUAAUGUUUACGUUGAUAUACUUGCAAAUGAAUUACAAACAUUUCAAAAUCGUUUCGAUCAAAUUAAUCAACAAUUAUUACCCAUACCCAAAGCUGUUUAUAGAACAAUAUGGGAUCAAAUAUUAGAUAAAAUUUUCUAUACGAUGGUUGAAGGUUAUGCAAAUGCUAAACGAUGUAGUAAUGAAGGUCGUGCAUUAAUGCAACUUGAUUUUCAACAAUUACUCCGAAGAUUAGAACGCAUUAUUGAAGAUCUUAAACCUUUACCACAUAAAGAAUUUGUUGAAAAUUAUAUUAAAGCUUAUUAUUUACCUGAACAAUCAAUUGAUCAAUGGAUUCGAGAUAAUACAAUGUAUACAAUAAAACAACGCAUGGCAUUAGUAACAAUGAUGUCACAUUUAAGUAAAAAGAAACGUGCACAAUUAACGCAACAUCUUGAAGAACAAGAUCGAUCACGUACACCAGUAUUAACAUCCUAA